CUCAGCGUCCUUCCGGUGUGGAGAAGCGCUUGGCAACGGCGCUCGGUCUAGUGGGGUGAGUGCCGCCGCCGCCGCCAUGGUGGGCCAAGAUCCGUCUGCCUCGCCGGCGGGCGGCGCCCUAGAAAACGCGAACCCGCUCAUCUACCGGCGCCAGGGCGAGCGGCCCGUCACGGCGCGCGAGGAGGACGACGAACUGCCUGACGCCAUCGACGACCGGGAGAUCUUCGAUCUCAUUCGUUCCAUCAACGACCCAGAGCAUCCCUUAACAUUAGAAGAACUAAAUGUUGUAGAACAAGUUCGAGUAAAGGUAAAUGAUGCUGAGAGCACCGUUUCAGUGGAAUUCACCCCCACCAUUCCUCACUGCAGCAUGGCAACAUUAAUUGGCCUUUCAGUCAAAGUGAAGCUGAUCAGAUCCCUCCCAGAAAGGUUUAAGGUGGAUGUCCACAUAACCCCUGGAACACAUGCCUCAGAGCAUGCAGUAAACAAGCAACUGGCUGACAAAGAGAGAGUGGCGGCUGCCUUGGAAAACAACCACCUGUUGGAAGUGGUGAAUCAGUGUUUGUCUGGGCGCCCCUGAUAAUGCAGGCUGGGUGGGGUUGGGGUGGGAACAAGCAGGAGAUGCUGUUAAAAGCUUGUACCUGUAUGUGAAUAAAAUAAUUGUGAUUGUUUUGUUUUUAAAUAAAGACAAUACCCUUUUCCCUA